GGUUUUCUUGUCUAUUAACCUUGACUUUUCCCGCGGCUUAUAGGCGCAAUUUGCACCUGCCGUCGAGUAGUUUAAGAGAGAAUUGCUUUCGAUAAUUUCUUUAGCGAGAUAAGCAAACGCGCGCGAUUAAGCACAAACAUAUAGCGCGGGGCAUUAUUAGCUAUUUUACUAGCGCCUUGACCUAACAGAUGUUCGUAGAAAUGACACGUAUGCUAAUAAAUGACUGUGCAAUCGUCGACGCGAGUUUGCGUAAAAGAAAGUAUGCCGCUUCGGUGAAGACGUACAUAUUUUUUUCUCGCGCGUGUUUCUUUCCAUUAUUCAUCGUGGAAUUCGAUGACUCUUGGUGUUCAUCGCCAUUGAUAGCAAGCGACUUUUAUGACGCUUACUUUAUUUAUGUUAGAUAAAUUCCCGUAGAAACGAAUACUUCACGUGUUUGCACUAGGCUAACUGUUAAUCUCACGAUCCUACGUAUUAAAUUGCCAAUAAAAAUUGCUAAUGGCAAAAAGUCUGAUAAGAAGUGGGCUCUCCACGAAUGCGAUAGAUACGCCCUUAUUAUUAUGUCUCCUUGCCCCUCUGUCCCGCGGGAUUCUCGAGGGAUCCGGUAAAUUCAGCGCGAAUACCCGCGAUGGCGCACAGAAGAAUUCGUCAUUCGCGCGAGAAAAAAAAAGGAGCAAAUGCAGGAAGAGAGUUGAGCGUGCGUCCCCCGCAUAUAACAAUGCGCAUAUUACCGUGCCGCAUGGAUAUCGUGUCGCUAAAUGUGCCGUCGCGGUUGGGCGGGUUUUAGGGAAACAAAGAACAAUACUUGCGACUCGCGCCCCCGCGCGUCUCGCGCCCCUCCGUUCGUGCCCACGCGAACGGAUUCGCGAUUCGCCUUCGUCAUUACGAAUUCGCGUUUCCGCGGCCGCGAGUCGUUCCCUCGCGACCGUCCGCGGGGGAUCCGGCGAGGUUUAAUCGCUGUUUGUGAGAAAGUGGCGAGGAAGGAGGAAGAACGGAGGACCGUUUUCGGGAGAUGGGCUACCGUCGAACGACGAGGGUUCCAAAUUUUGCAGAUCGGGAAACGACCAAAAAAAUGGAACGUCAGUUGAUUUAGGAGCGCAUGGUGAAAAUUCAAACCGAGAUACCCGGGAGACAAUUUAAUUUCCGGUGCCGCACGCAACCGAGCCGACCAGCCUCCGGGGGACCAUGAGCAGGUCCUGAUCGCCGACCAGUCGUGGGUCGCGAAGGGAUGGACGCGGCGGGCCGACGCCAGCAAGCGAAUCGCCGACCCGAGUAUCGAUAGCGAACGCGGGACAUCGUCGUCGACCGGCGAGCUCCCCUUUCUCUGGAUCCUCCCUCCUGGCUCUUCGCCUCUCCUCGUCGCCGCGAUCGGACCUGGAGGAUGAGCAUCGCGGCCAUCGCCCGCAGGAACUGGGCGCUGCGCCUGUCGGUGGUGCUGAACGUGUGCGUGCUGCUGUACGUGUGCGCCCACAUCGGCUCGUCCGGGCCGUGGAUCGAGGAACCGCCGACCAACUGGGCGGCGGCGGCGCCGCUCCAGUCGGAUACCUACGGCGCCCUCAACGACCUCGUCAACGGCACCCAGAAGGGCGCCGCAGCCGUGGCCGCCGCCGUCGCCGCCGCCGCCGCCGCAUCGUCUUCCUCGUCAUCGUCAGUCGUCGGCGCCGCCGCCAAUAAUGUGGCGUCGACAAACAACGGCGCCGGCCGUCCACUCGGGAUCAGUCUCGUCACCACGACGCCUCCGAACGGGGCCAAGGCCGAGGUCCUCGACAAGCCGCAGGAGCAUCCGCGUAAUCAGACGAUGAGGAACGGCACGACGAGCGUCGCGCGCGAACCGAUGAGCCUGAGGGAGGCCGUGCCCUGCAACGAGAAGUCGACCGAGCCGAGGCGGGCGCAGCGCGGCGACUACUGGGUGCUGUACAAUUACGUGCCGAUGAGCAUGGCGGUGAGAUGCUGGGAGAGCGUGACAUACACCACGCACGCCGACUACACGUUCCUCGACAAUCUGGAGCCGCUGCUGGAGCGCUGGCGGGCGCCGAUAUCGAUCGCCAUGCACGCACCCGGCACCGACUUCCCGGCGACCCUCGACGCCAUCAGGUACUCGAGGAACUGCGGCAGCCCCCUGGUCUCGCAGCUGGUGACCUUUCACGUCUUCUUCAGCAGCAAACACGUGCCAAAAGCGAUACCGCCGUCGGAGAAGAUCGCCUCCGACACGUACAACUGCACGCUCGGGGCGCCGUGGGUGAACGUCAGCUUCGCGAAGAUGUACAAGAACGAGAAGAAGCUGCUGUACCCGGUGAACGUGGGCCGCAACAUAGCGCGCGAGUCCGCGCCCACCCUCUACGUGUUCCCCAGCGACAUCGAGCUGUAUCCCAGCCCGAACCUGCCCGUCAAGUUCCUCGAGAUGAUCCGCAGGCGGGACCAGCCGGCUCUCUACAAGCCGAAUCCCAAGGUCUUCGUGCUGUCCAUCUUCGAGGUGGACGAGAAGAACCAGCCGCCUAACAAUAAGACGCGCCUGAUACAGAUGCUGAAAACGGGCACCGCCAUACCCUUCCAUAAGAAAUUAUGCUCCGGCUGCCAUAACGUGCCGAAGAGCAAGGAAUGGCAGGAGGCACCAGAGACGGAGGACCUGCACGUGUUUCACGUCGGCAAGAGGACUGGCAGUUUCGUACACUGGGAGCCGAUCUUCAUCGGGACCAAUAACGAUCCUUUUUACGACGAAAGACUCAGUUGGGAGGGAAAGAGCGAUAAAAUGACGCAGGGUUACGCGCUCUGCGUUCUCGAUUACGACUUCCUUAUUCUGGACAACGCCUUCCUGGUGCACCGGCCCGGUAUCAAGAUCUUCAAGAAGGACCCGCAUCGCGACAUGCUCACCGCCAAGACGAACGCGCUUAUCAAAAAGAUCAUCAUACCUGAGCUGAAGGUGCUGUACGGUACGAGGAAGGGCUGCGCCGUGUAGCCCGUGGAGUCGCGGGCACGACGUCGCGUGCUUCACAGAUGCUUGUCCACACGACGGAAUCACCUGCAACCUCCCCUGUCGUCUGCAUCGUCGUCGUCGUCGUCCUCCUCCUCCUCCUCCUCGUUGUCGAGUUUCGUCGUGCAGCAGCAGAUCGCCCGGAUCCGCAGCAAGCUGGUGCUGCGAUUCGUACCAGGACCCCGGGAUCGUGUUCACGUGCGCUCCGUACGACUCCCUCGUGGGGUCCGAGAAAAAUUCGCUGCGAUUCGCAGAGGACACUCCAGUCCCCUCGAAUUACGCCAAUUCAGUGCCGAACGAGCAAACGAAUUAUCGCAUAGGUAUUCGGUGAGUUUAGAGUAACAACAUUGUUUCAACGGACGCGUCGUGCUCGCGUGUGAUAAGCGCGUUCACUUUGCCAUCGCGAUUAUCAUCGUUCAUCGUUGCCAUCACUUUUAUCGUUAGCAGCAUCGGUACUAGUGUAUUGCGGGAAACGUCGAGGCAACGUGAAGGGGCGCAAGAUUGCACGAAAGAAGUAACGUACGACGCUCAAAUAUUCUUUCGGUGGUGAUUCUAUAGCUUUCGUAAAGAGGAUACCUAGCGUAAAAAGGAGUCGUACCACGUAUUUUUCACUCGGAUAAAUUCUCUCCCUAGCAAGUACGGUUGUACAUAAUGAAACGGUGCCUCAUAUACAUCGGUGUGUCUUACAGGACAUGCUUAUUGCACUUUCGGUGAAAGUUACGAACGAACGGUGCCAGUUCCGACGCGACUUCUUCGUGGAUCGUGACCGUCAUUAUGAUCGAAGCCGGUUAUUUAUUUGCAAAUACGACAUCCGUAGAGCAUCACAUUUCGCAUAACGGCAAUCUACGUACAAAAUUUGAUAGAGUUCCAUGUUAAUCCUUCUAGUUAAAAUUUCUCUGUCGAUCUUUGUUCAUAAAAACAUAAUUUAGCGAACUUUCUCUAAAUAUUUUUUAAUUAAUAGGCGGCACUAUAUUAUUACUGUUAAAAUUUAUGUUUUAGUUACAAUCUAUUAAGUUGAAAGUCAUUGGUGUUAAAUUUAUUUUUUGUUUUGCUUACGAAAAAAUAUUUUUCCAGACAAUCUAUGAAUUUCGUAUCUGAAACGAAAGGUAUGCUCUUUUUGCACUCGUUUUUUCUUCUUCACAUAGCAAUUUAAUACACGUUAUAUUUGGAAGCUCUAACAUGCUAGUUCAGUUCUGCAUUGAUCGAUAGACUUGGGCUAAACUAAAUGUAAUUGCGUCUAGAUAAGCCUAACGCAUUAAAGGUUCGUAAUCCGAGCUGUUCACCGGCAAAUACGGUUCUCCUUCUGGCUAUAGACAUUGAAGCAAGAACUUAGCAAGUGUAGAAUUAUUCACGAAUAAAGGAAAAAAAAUCACUUUCUAAGACUGAGGGAUAUUUGAUAUAAAUUUUCUAGGCCUCCUCCCAGCAAGAGUAGCCCAAUCGAUGAAUCAUCAAUUAUUUGUCUUUGCGUUAGCAUAACGUCAUACUUUCGGACUCCAUUCGAGUAUCUCGUUUCGAUCGUGAUGGAUAGUCACGUGUGUUUUCGCGAACAAAGGAAACAGAACAGCGGAAUGUGAUCGGAUCGGAUCGGAUUGCGAACGAUUAAGUAGUUCAGUCGACGCAGUUUGUUCGUCGCAUUUAUAUAAGAAGCGACGCCGUAUGUAUAUCGAAGAAGAAGGAACAAGGAAAGUCUUAGAUAAAUAUAAUUCGUUCUUAUACAUAAAAGAAAAAAAAUAUAUAAUACGGCCACUGAGUUUCGGCGAUCGCACGAACGAAUGUAGUAUUUUCUAAUUUUAAGUACUUUAAGUGAUAUGUUUUGUCUAUCUACAAUAUUGCUUUAUACUUGCACACACAGACGCCUGUCUAAAAAUAUAACCGUAUCCGAAAACAAUACGUUCCGUAAGAAAGAUUCUAUAAUAUAAAUCGCCGCUUAAAAGCGCGAAUAGUAUAGCUUCGAAGAAUGCUUAGAAAACUUUCGAAAGUUUUUCUGAGCUUUCUAUCGAUUUAGUCAAUCAAUUAAGAAUUGUCAGAUAUUCCUUGCAACAUCGUAAAAAAAAAAUUAACAGCGCUGCCAUGUAAAACAUUGAACUCAUUCGUUCGUUCAGACAUUCGACUCUUCUUCAAAAUCAUGAUGAUUAUACUGGCAUAACAUGCAUACGAUACAGCAGGAUUUCUUGUAGCAAAAUGAUAUUAUAUAAUACGGAUCAUAAACGCAUAAUGCAAACCAUAUACUUUUCUAUCAUCAUCCCGAAUAAUAUGACCAGCGAAUGUACAUAUGAUCUUUCGUAAUUAUUAAGACUUGAACGAGAAUAGAGUCGAGUCAGUGUGUAAUACGUCGAGAACGAUUAGUUAGAAUGAUUGUAAUCGGAGCAGGGAUGCUGACUCAUUUUUUUGUGAUAAUAUUAGGGCACAAAGUAAUUAAUAAUCCUGUAAUCGUGCUUCGUCCGCUGUAAAAGGCAUCCUUGAAACCGCAUAUUGGGCGAUUCCUCGUAUAAAUAAUGAAUAAUGGUUGUCAUCGAGGAUGUUAAUUAACUUUUCCAAGGAAUAUAAUUCACGGUAUAAUUUACAUGCAAAAAUAUUAAUCAAAUUUACAUGUAGGUGAGAAAUGUGUUGCUUCAAAAAUAUGUACAUAAUGUAUUUUCAUUUAUAUCACUUCUGUUUAAAGCCAGAAGUUAUAUUGAAAAGUUAAUUAAUAUUCUCAGAACAUUAAUAUAUGUAUAGGUAAUGUAUAUACACUGUGUAAAUGUGACGCAUUCAGUCUAUACGUCGCUGAUAACGUUUUCUGUAAAGUGUGGAGUUCGACUUACAUCGUAUAAGUUCCUUUUACCUCCUCGCCUUCUCUCUUAAUUUAUCGGGGCUGUGCAACCGCGCGCGUGUAUAUAUUUAUCGCUCGUAUUAUAUGUAUGUAUAUGUACAUAUAUCUAUUACAAUUAUAUAAUCUCAUUUUAAAUCGCACUUGAAAAUAUUCAUGUUUAUUUAAUUCAACUUUUUGUCUGCAAUUGUUUUAGGAAAAGGCAGGUAAAUUCACAUAAAUAUUUCAAAGCACAUUUCCAUUUCGAAAUAAUAUAAUUGUAAUACAUAUAUCUAAUAUAUAAUAAUGUGUGUAUUCUGUGCCUUAUAUAUAUAUAUAAAUAUAUAUAUAAAAUUAUCUCUUUCUGUCUCCUCGCGUGUCUGCGUGUACGUGUCGAAAGUGUUGCGUAUAUGUUUACCGGAAGUUGCGUGAAUGGCCAUGGAGACAAGCUAAAAGAAGCUGACUCAAUUAUACAAUUGAUAUGCAAGCCGUAAAGGUCGAUUUAUACAUAAUUGUAGCGCGAGAUUUUUAUAUCUAUUCCCCCAGGGGGAGAAAAGUGUCGCGACGAGAGUGAGGAAGGAUCUCGCGUGCGGAACGCCCGUCGUUGUCCUCCUCCCUUUCUUCCGUCCCCUUUCUGUAGAAUCCAAUUCGACGAAAAGACACGCCGCGCCAAAGUAACGCAAAACCGACGUUGCGAUCGCUGAGCUUGUCCUUCCUGACUGAACGUUUUCAUGAAACGAGACUGCGAAUGAGCUCUAUCGGCGGCCGGAUAAUACGAUAGUUCUUUCUUUCCUUUUUCUCGAAGCGAAUUACUAUGCGUUACGAUGUUUGUAAUUAAUGUAAAUACACGUGACUGUAAAUAAGUGCUGUCUCGUCGACCGUUUUAUUCGAGAGAGAAAACGAGCACAUUCCGUAGACUAUCCCAAGCGAAUCUGAGUUCGUCGAUUGGAAUGAAAGACAAAAAGAGCGAGAGACUCUAGGAUCGUCGCAUAUCCUCGUGUAAGAACGUAUUUCGGCUUUAAUUAUUGAAGAUUACGUUCGAUCAUAAUAUCUGAAGGCAUGAUAUUCGAGACGUUCAGAGGGACACAAGUAUUUCGCUGAGACAAAGCGGGAGCGAUGUUUCGCUGCUCUGCGACUUGUGUUAUUCAGAAAUUGUAUCUCAUGAACGAAAUCACGCGUAGAUGCGUGGACUCUUUGGCUUUUCCUCCCAACGAUAUUUCCGUCGCGAGUACCGAAGAGAUCGCAGCUUCUAUUGCGAACGCGUGAGCGCGCAAUUAUAAUGUACAUACAUACUUGUAAGAGUAAAAAAAUCGAUGACAUAUAUACACACACACAUUCAUGAUAAAUCCAAUAUAUGUAUAUAAGCGAGAUCGUAUUUUUCCAAGCGAAAGGAACGUUCGAGUCGGAGGGUUUAUUUAGCGUUUCCGCAGGAGAGCCUGUUCUGUCAUCGCGUCUGUUAUCCGAGCUUACUCCGGGACACUUUACCCGAGAGUAGAUCUUUGCAAAAUCACCGUUCAGUUCGUAUGUGCAACUGUGAAGCGUCGACGUGAAGUUGUUGUGUUUUAUAAAUUAUGUACAUUUGAUUCGUGCAAAAUCUGAAGCAUAAUAAUAAUAAUAAUAUAUACAUAUGUACACGUGUCGUAUUACUUUUAAACAGGCGGAGAAGAUCAAAGGGCUAUAUUUAUUUUGACUAUGAUAAUCGCUGGAUCAAGUAACGCAGCAGCCGUGGCUGCGUACGAUCGUCCCGUGCGCGUCGGAUCCCGUUCUAAUCCGCUCCCGCGCGAGACCCCUCGACGAACAGCGCAUGCGACUGCGAUGAUCGGCGCGCGUCGUGUUCUCCAGCGUUGUGCCUAGAUAAAUAAAGUAAUUUAUGAGCUAAA